ACUUUGCCUAUGGAGUUUGGCCCUCUUGCGAGUUCUUUCACUUUCUCAGUUGCUCCCAUCUUCUCCGAGCUCGCAGUAAUUUUAACUUUCGAGUUCUCGAAUGAGAACGUCUCUUCUGCAUUUCGCGUGCACAGCUCACGUCUCACAUGCCUUCCGUUCACGAGCUCUCUCCGUUGCCGCUGCCGCGGUCUCCGGCCCUGUUUCCAUACCAUCUCUCAAGAUGGCGGCCCCUAAGUUCCAGCCGGAUUCGAGAGUGCUCCUCGGCAUGUCUGAGAAAGAGCUUCAACAACUAGCUCUCGACUUAGGCCAGCAAAGCUAUAGGGGGAAGCAAUUGCAUCAUAUACUUUACAAGCGGAAAGUAAAGGAAAUACACGAUUUUAUUCAGUUGCCAUUGGAGUUCAGAACGGAACUACUUGAGGGUGGGUGGAAGGUUGGAAGAUCACCCAUUCAUAAAGCCGUAACUGCAGCUGAUGGGACUGUUAAGUUGCUCUUAAAACUGGAGGAUAAUCUACUAGUCGAAACUGUUGGAAUACCAGUUGAAGUUGAUGGUGGUUCAUUUCGCUUGACAGCAUGUGUCUCAUCUCAGGUUGGCUGCCCAUUGCGGUGCUCCUUUUGUGCCACUGGAAAGGGAGGGUUCUCAAGAAAUCUUAAAAGGCAUGAGAUAGUUGAACAGGUCUUAGCAAUAGAAGAGCUCUUCAAGCAAAGAGUUACAAAUGUUGUUUUUAUGGGCAUGGGUGAGCCCAUGAUGAAUUUGAAAGAAGUUCUCGAAGCACACCGUUGCCUGAAUAAGGAUGUUCAAAUUGGGCAAAGGAUGAUAACUAUUUCGACAGUUGGAGUUCCUAACACAAUAAAAAAAUUGGCUUCUCACAAACUUCAGUCCACAUUAGCUCUCAGCUUACAUGCUCCGAAUCAGAAAAUCCGGGAAAAAAUUGUACCAAGUGCAAAGGCCUAUCCUUUGGAUGCAAUUAUGAAGGAUUGUAGGGACUAUUUCCUCGAAACCAGUCGAAGGGUCUCAUUUGAGUAUACACUUUUAGCUGGCGUGAACGAUGCAGUUGAACAUGCUAUUGAACUAGCAGAGCUACUUCAUAAGUGGGGUCGAGGUCAUCAUGUGAACUUAAUACCUUUCAAUCCGAUAGAGGGCUCUGAAUACAAGCGCCCAUAUAAAAAAUCGGUUUUAGCAUUUGCUGCUGCUCUUGAGUCCCGCAAAAUAACCGUCAGCACCCGCCAAACGCGAGGACUUGAUGCAAGUGCCGCUUGUGGACAGCUCAGAAACAAAUUCCAGAAAAGCCCUUUGGUCGUUGGCACUGAGCACCAGCAGUCUCAAUCGGAGGAAGCAAUUGCUUUAUGAAAUGAUCCUCGGACUGUAUUACUCUAGUGAAAAAAAUGUUUUGGAGUUGAAGAUUUAAUUAAUGAUGUACAUAGCUGCUUUUGUCUGGAAUGAUUUUCUUCUCCAGCGAAGAUCUAGGUAUGAUGUGCUCACACACCUAGUAUCAAUCUUUUUCUGAUGAAUCUGUAUGACUUGACUCAGAAAAGAAAACAUUUUGAUAGAGCUGAGCUGGGAUAUCAACAAGUAUUCUCUUGAUCAAUCAUUUUACAAUUAUGGUACCUAUAUUAUAAGUUCCCUAGUUCCCUA